GGUGCCGGUGACGGCGUUCGGCGGGCGGGGAAGGGGGGGGAAGGAGACAAACAGCCCGCAUCGGCCUGGCCGUCCUCGCCGGCCGUAGAGAGCUGAGGCGGCGGGGUCCGCCCGCCGGCCCCUUCUUCCGCUCCCCGCCCCUGCGCAGCGCGGCUUUGCGGCGGCCCCCUCCGCGCUCGCGGGCCGCCGAGAAGAUGGCGGCGGUGUCCGAGUGAGGAUGGAGCUACCUGUCCGCGCCUCUUCGCCCUGAGGGGAGGCAGUGCCGCCCCGCCGGCGGUGUGAGGGGCGGCGGGGAGCCCGCGCUGAGGGGCGAGGCUGGGCCCGGCGGCUGCCGCUCGCCUCCCUCUCUCCGCCCGCCGGAGGGGCCGGCCCCGGCCCCGUCCCGCCGACUGGCCCCGCGGCCCCCGGCGCGCAGCCGCCAUGCCGUGGCCUUUCUCGGAGUCCAUCAAGAAGAGGGCCUGCAGGUACCUGCUGCAGAGGUACCUGGGCCACUUCUUGCAGGAGAAGCUCAGCCUGGAGCAGCUCAGCCUGGAUCUCUACCAGGGCACCGGCUCCCUGACGCAGGUCCCGCUGGAUAAGUGGUGUCUUAAUGAGAUCCUGGAGUCUGCAGACGCACCUCUGGAAGUCACAGAUGGAUUUAUCCAGUCAAUUUCUUUAUCUGUUCCAUGGGGGUCAUUGCUACAGGAUAACUGUGCAUUAGAAAUAAAAGGAUUAGAGAUGGUCUUCAGGCCAAGACCAAGGCUUGCAUCUGGGUCUGAGCCAAUGUAUUGGUCAAGUUUUAUGACCAGUAGUAUGCAGCUUGCAAAAGAGUGUCUUAGCCAAAAAUUGACAGAUGAACAAGGAGAAGGGUCCCAGCCUUUUGAAGGACUUGAGAAAUUUGCAGAAACUAUUGAAACAGUUCUAAGAAGAGUGAAAGUUACCUUUUUAGAUACUGUUUUGCGAAUAGAACAUGUGCCGGAAAACUCUAAAAGUGGAACUGCACUUGAAAUCAGAAUCGAAAGAACUAUGUACUGUGAUGAAACUGCAGAUGAGUGCUCUGGAAUAAAUGUACAUCAGCCCACAGCUUUUGCUCACAAGUUACUGCAGCUCUCAGGUGUCUCCUUCUUCUGGGAUGAGUUUCCUGCAUCAGCAAAGUCCUCCCCAGUGUGUUCAGCUACACAGCUGGCAACUGAACCAAAGCUUUCACCUAGCUGGAAUCCAAAAAUCAUUUAUGAGCCACAUCCGCAAUUAACAAGAAACUUGCCAGAAAUUACUCCUUCUGACCCUGUACAGAUCAGUAAGCUGAUUGGUAGAAUGGAGUUGAGCCUAACAUUAAAGCAAAAUGAAGUACUUCCUGGAGCUAAGUUGGAUGUAGAUGGACAAAUAGACUCCAUACAUCUAUUUCUGUCACCAAGGCAGGUGCACCUUUUAUUGGACAUGGUAGCAGCUAUUGCUGGACCAGAGAGCCUAAGCAGGCUAGAAUUGUCAAAUAAAGAUAGGAAAAACCGGCCUAUGCAACAGGAAGAUGAGUAUCGGAUUCAGAUGGAGCUGAAACGUUAUUUAAGAAAAGAGUCUUUAUCUGCAGGAGCAUCAUCUGAACAAAGCUUCUAUGAGACAGAGAGUGCCAGAACGCCUUCUAGUCGUGAAGAAGAAGUUUUCUUCUCAAUGGCCGAAAUGGACAUGUCUCACAGCCUUUCCUCCCUUCCACCUCUUGGAGACCCUCCAACUAUGGAUCUAGACUUGUCUUUAACCAGUACAUACACAACUACACCAGCAGGAUCUCCACUGAGCACUACAGUGCUUCAACCAACUUGGGGUGAUUUUCUUGAUCGUAACAAACAAGAACUACAACCUCCAAGAGGUUCUUCACUUACAGCCAACAUGGUUCACCAGACUUCCUUAAGAAGGACAUCUAUUCCAUCCAGAUCUGUUUCUGUGGAUGAAUCCAGACCUGAGCUUCUUUUUAGACUGGCAGUUGGAACUUUCUCAGUGUCUGUACUUCAUAUUGACCCUUUACCCCCACCUGAAAGUUCACUGAACCUUAACCCAUUGACACCAAUGGCUCGGGAUUUCUUUACCCGAAUAGAAAAGAUUGAGCCAGUUAAGUUUUCAACAGAAGAUUUUCUGUCCUUCCGAGAAGUAUUUGCAGAAGCUUGUUCUCAUGAUCACCUUAGAUUUAUAGGUACCAGCAUCAAGGUGUCUUAUGAACAAAGACAAAGGACUGCCUCUCGAAGUUUUAGUACUGAUUUAUCCAUUGGGGAUUUGGAGUUUCUGGAAUGCCUUUUUUCUACUGACUCUCAUUCCGUUCAGCCUCACUAUACAGAGCUGCUGACAUUUCGUUCUGAAGAAGGAAAUGAUUCUCGUGCUAUGCCAUGCCUUCAGCUUCAUUAUAAGCAUUCAGAUAAUAGAGGACCUCAGGGUAGUCAAGGGAGACUCAGUUCUGUUCCACAGAAAGCAGAGUUACAAAUAAAGUUAAGUCCAGUGUUUUGUGAGCUGGAUAUUAGUAUUGUAGACCGAUUAAAUUCCUUACUUCAGCCACAGAAACUGACUACAGUGGAGAUGAUGGCAUCUCACAUGUAUGCUUCUUAUAACAAGCACAUAAAUCUGCAUAAAGCAUUUACUGAAGUUUUUCUGGAUGAUUCACAUACUCCUGCAAACUGUAGAGUUUCAGUUCAAGUCAAUGCUCCAGCAUUAAAUCUCUCCGUUCGCUUCCCAAUACCUGACUUACGGUCAGAUCAGGAAAGAGGACCAUGGUUUAAGAAAUCGCUUCAGAAGGAGAUUCUUCAUCUUGAAUUUACAGAUAUGGAAUUUAAAACUGAGUUUAUAGGAGGAUCAACUCCAGAACAAGUUAAAUUAGAACUUACCUUUAAAGAACUAACUGGUUCGUUUGAAGAAGAUAAUGCAGAAGCACCAAUAAAAUUUUUUCAAGUGUCUGGUGGCAUAGAUGGAGAUAUAACAUCGUCAUCAGACAAUUUUGACUGGCCUCGGAUUGUAUUGAAAAUAAACCCUUUGGCUGUGCACUCUAUUCUGGAAAGGAUAGCAGCUGAGGAGGAAGAAGGUGAUAAUAACUUUCAAGAGGAAGAAGAAGGAGGGUCUCAUUCUUUGAAGGAUGUCUGUGAUAUUAGAAGACCAGAACCUUCUCCUUUUUCUUCUCGUAGGGUUAUGUUUGAAAACGAAGAGAUGGUAAUGCCAGGAGAUGUGGUUGAAAUGACUGAGUUUCAGGAUAAAACAAUUAGCAAUUCUCAUUAUGUACUGGAACUCAUGUUACCAAACAUUCACUUAACAUUACCAAACAAAAGCUUUUAUGAAAAACUUUACAAUAGGAUCAGCAAUGAUUUAUUGUUGUGGGAACCCACUGCUCCAUCUCCUGUAGAAACAUUUGAAAACCUUUCUUACGGUGUUGGACUAUCUGUGGCCAGCCAGCUCAUCAACACUUUCAGUAAAGACAGCUUUAGUCAAUUUAAAUCUGCAGUUAAUUAUGAUGAUGAGAGUGGAUCUGAGGAAGAAACACUGCAGUAUUAUUCCACUGUUGAUCCGAACUAUCGUUCACGCAGAAGGAAAAAGCUUGACUCUCAGAAUAAGAACUCGCAAAGCUUUCUGUCUGUUCUGCUAAAUGUGACACAUGGAUUAGUGUCAAUAUUCACAGAUGUAAAGCAGGAUGAUGGUAAUACAGUGGAAGGAAAAUACGGUGAAUUCUGGUUGGAGUUCAACAGCGGUUCACUUUUCAGCGUGACUAAAUAUGAAGGCUUUGAGGACAGACACUAUGUUUGUCUCCAUUCUAGCAGCCUCAAUUUAUAUCAUCAAGGCUUGGUAGAUGGGGUCGUCCCUUCCUCUGAAGUGCGACUGCCCAGCACAAUACGUCCCCAUUGGUUGGAACCUACUAUUUGUUUUUCUGAAGAAGAUGGUCUUAGUAGGACAACUUCAGAUGGCGUAGGAGUGGAUUCUCCAAGCAUGCUGACCGUCGCAGUCAAAAUCCAAUCAGAUAAAAUAGAGAGCAAUACAAAAGAAUUUCUAGUUGCUGUUGGACUAAGAGGAGCCACCCUUCAGCACAGGGUACUGCCUUCGGGUUUAAGCUGGCAUGAACAGAUUUUAUAUUUUUUGAAUAUUUCUGAUGAGCCUGUUCUGGGAUAUAAUCCUCCAGCUACAAUUACAACUUUUCAUGUACAUCUGUGGAGUUGUGCUCUUGAUUACAGGCCCUUGUUUUUGCCAGUCAGAUCUCUACUUACUGUUGAAACUUUCAGCAUUUCCAGCAGUGUUGCAGUAGAUAAAUCCUCUUCUACUCUCAGGAUCAUUUUAGAUGAAGCUGCUUUGCAUCUGUCUGACAAGUGCAACACUGUUAUGGUGAACCUCCACAGAGAUUAUGUUCGUGUUAUGGAUAUGGGACUGCUGGAGCUAACCAUUACAGCAGUAAAAUCUGAUUCUGAUGGGGAAAGAACUAAACCACGUUUUGAGCUGCACUGUUCCAGUGAUGUAAUUCAUAUUCGUACCUGCUCUGAUUCAUGUGCUGCACUAAUGAAUCUUAUACAAUAUAUUGCAAGUUAUGGUGAUUUACAUCCACCUGCUAAGACAGAGAUUAAACGUGGAGUUAGCAAGCCAAAAAUGAAGGUAGAGACCUUUAGCCAACCAUCUUCCCACGGAACAGUCCUCCCUGAAUCAGAACAACAGAUUUUACGGGAUUUGAUGAGUGAUGCAAUGGAGGAAAUUGAGACUCAACAGACAGCUGCUGCCAUGAAGCCAGAGUCCAAUGAUUUUUCCAGUGAAACAUGUUUUUUCUCCACCCUCCUUCAACUCCCAGGAGUUUUGGAUGACAGAUCUCAAACUCAGGAGCCAUCUUGCUCAGAUCUCUUCCUGUUUCCAGACGAAAGCGGAAAUGUCUCACAAGAGCCAAGUCCCACUUAUGCUUCAUUCACUCAUCACCUGAUAAAUGAGGCCAUGGGAGAUGUUCCUGCAGAAAGCGAUGAUUUCUGUAUUCUUUUUGCACCCAAAGUUGCUGUGGCUGAAAAAGAGGAAGAACCAGUAAUAAAAAUAAUGGUUGAUGAUGCAAUUAUCAUAAAGGAAAAUCAUUUCAGCCAACCUAUUAAAAAAACAGACACAAGCAAAGCUCCUCUUCAUUUUCCUGUUCCUCUGGUACGCUAUGUUGUAAAGGAAAUCUCUCUUAUUUGGCAUCUUUAUGGUGGAAGGGAUUUUGGGACUGCACCACCAACAUCUCCAGCUAAAAGUUUCAUAAGUCCCCAUAGUUCUCCAUCUCAUACACCAACGAGACAUGGGCGGACUACAGCAAGUGGGGGAAGAGGAAGAAACCCAGACUUCCUAAUGGAAAUACAGUUAAGCAAGGUGAAAUUCCAGCAUGAGGUAUACCCUCCAGGUGGUGCAGAAGGUGAAUCCAGUCUGUUGGAGCAGCCAGUGUCACGGCAGGUUUUUAUUGUUCAAGACCUGGAGAUUAGAGAUCGUUUAGCUACAUCACAGAUGAAUAAAUUUCUCUAUCUCUACUGCAGUAAGGAGAUGCCCAGAAAAGCGCAUUCAAAUAUGUUAACAGUUAAAGCAUUACAUGUCCGUCCAGAGUCUGGUAGAUCCCCACAGGAAUGUUGUUUACGUGUUUCACUAAUGCCGCUUCGCCUCAAUAUUGACCAGGAUGCCUUGUUUUUCCUGAAGGAUUUUUUCACUAGCCUCUCUACAGAAGUAGAACUCUUAGUUACUCCAGAUCCUGAAGUGAAAAAGUCUCCUGGUGCUGAAGUUACGUGUAGUUUGCCCAGGCAUGUCAGCAGCCUUAAGGACCCAAGUCCAGUCAUUUCUUUCUCGUCACCCAAGCAAGCGAAUGAAAAUGGUAGCAUUGAUUCUGUGGAUGUUGUUAAUGGAGAUGAUCAUCAUUUCUCACAAGAAGUAACAUCAUACAGUGAUCAGCCAGUAUUUUUCAGAGAAUUUCGUUUUACAUCAGAAGUUCCAAUACGGCUUGAUUACCACGGCAAACACGUAUCAAUGGAUCAGGGGACGCUUGCUGGGAUUCUCAUUGGACUUGCUCAGUUAAACUGCUCAGAAUUAAAGCUGAAGAGACUUUGUUACAGACAUGGUUUAUUAGGUGUGGAUAAGUUGUUCUCCUAUGCCAUCAGCGAAUGGCUUAAUGAUAUAAAGAAAAACCAGCUACCAGGAAUUUUGGGAGGAGUAGGCCCUAUGCAUUCUCUAGUGCAGUUAGUCCAAGGUCUGAAAGACUUGGUGUGGUUACCAAUAGAGCAGUACCGAAAGGAUGGCCGUAUUGUAAGAGGCUUUCAAAGAGGAGCGGCUUCUUUUGGUACUUCCACUGCAAUGGCAGCACUGGAGCUGACAAACAGGAUGGUUCAGACUAUACAGGCAGCUGCAGAAACUGCAUAUGACAUGGUAUCACCAGGGCCUACCUUUAUCGAAGCAAAAAAGAUCAAACGAUUCCCUCGCCAUCGUUUAGCUCAUCAGCCAGUAGACCUACGGGAAGGUGUAGCCAAAGCAUACAGUGUAGUAAAAGAGGGGAUCACGGACACAGCCCAAACCAUCUAUGAGACUGCUGCUCGUGAGCAUGAAAACAGAGGAGUAACUGGAGCAGUAGGAGGAGUCCUCCGCCAGAUUCCACCGACUGUGGUGAAACCUUUCAUUGUUGCGACAGAAGCAACCUCAAAUGUUCUCGGUGGAAUGAGAAACCAGAUCAGGCCAGACGUGCGUCAAGAAGAGUCUCAGAAGUGGCGCCUUGGGGAGGACUGAGAUUAUAAAGCUGUCUCAGCAGGCAGGUAGCAAGACUGGAAAUGCAGAAGAUUGUCCCGUUGGCAGCUUUAGAUGGAGCUCAUUUUGUUUUGUCAUGCUCAUCUCAGGAACAAAUGAGGUUUUCAACUAUUAUUUACAAAACAUCCAACCAAAAAUAUUUAUGAAGUGGAAAGCAAAUUGGUACUUGCUUAUACUGUGUGUUACCAAUCCUUUUGGUAGAUAGUGCCAAACAUAGCGAAGCAUGCGCUGCCAACUCAGAGACAUGCUUGCUCUAUUCCGUUUGCCGUUAUUUUUCUUGGCAGAUUUAACAUCUGAAGCAGUAGCCUGUAUGGUGAAACUAAGUAUAUUUUAAAGAUGUUCUCUGAGCAUAAUCAAAGAACUGCCUUCAAUAAAGGGCUCUGCAGAUGCUCUUCACUGACUAAAGGAUAAAAGCUUUCAUUUUGGACAUGAGACAUGAAAGCUAUGUAAUACGGAAGCAGAUAAGAUAAUACCGCUUAGUGGUCAUAAGCAUCGCUUUUAGCGUGGCACUUACAGCAAGGGCAAGCUUGAUAACCGUUCAGAAUUUAGAUUCAGUGUUGAUACACCUAUGAACAGGAUUUGUUCCUAAAUAUUAAAUACCUACUUUUGUGGGUCUUUGAAGAACCUGAAUGUUGCAGAAAUGUUCUGUUGUGUUGCACUUUAAAGGAUAUGGCCUGUAUAUUGUGCUUUUUUUAUAGUGUGAAUAAAAUGUAAUGUGCAUUAUCCUUUAUGUGGUUUAGAGGCUUACACAAAUUAUUGAAGAGAGCAUCAUUUGAUGAUGAUCCUACAGAAAAGUCUCUUAAAUUUGUUUAAACUACUUGUUAUAUGUAAAAACACUUGUCUUCUGUUACACUAAUUACAAUGCUAAAAAUAACUAUUCGUCAGGAAAACAGCAGUUAAAUAUCGUUGUGUCCAACAGUUCUUUGUAAGAAUGAGAAAUCCUAAGUAAAGUAAAAACAAAUUAUUUCAUAAUUUCAUAGUUAAAUUCUAUACAGACUUUAUUUUAAUAAUCUGCUUUUAUUUAAAGUUCCUAUUGUUGCAUAGUUGCUGCUCUCACAAGGUAUUUUUAAUUUAAAUUGUGCAUCGUCAGUUAUUUGACAGUGAGUAUUUGGGGUCAUUUAAUUUGAACUGGGGUUGGGUGAGAGGAUUUAAAAAAGAAAAAAAAAGACAAAAAAACUUCAAAAAUCAAAAUUAGUACUGACGCUAUUUACUGUUUAAUAGGUGACCAGGGUCUCCACAGAGCUUUAUUAAAUAACUGACAUCGUGCCAUUUCUGGGCAGUUGAAAAUCUCAGCACUAGCUGUGCGGGAAUAAAUUUUUUUUCCUGGCAUUAGCAAAAACUGGAGGAUAACAAGUAAAGACUACUCUGAGUAGAAAAAUACUCAUUUUGAAUUUUGACAGCAUAACACUUUGGAUGAGUAGCCAGAAUGUAAGCUUGUCAUAGUCCUGUGCUUGUCAUAAAUGGAAAUCCUGCAAAUAUGCUGUGUGGAGAACCUCCACUGAAAGAGGGACAUCAGGUGCUCUUGAUCAGACUUCAGUCUCUAAGGAUGAUGGCGAAGUAGUUUCCCUCCUCUUAUUUAAUACCUGCCAGUAGGAAAAACUUGGCUAAUGGGCCUUACAGGAGAAAAAGGAGUGUGUGACGGAAAAUACUUACUGCUUGUUCCUCCUGAUAUUAUACUAAGCUAUUCCUGAACACCAAAGAAUCCGGCUGGAGGGUAGAUGAUUUGAAAAUGUCCCCUCUGCUGGGAAGGCUUCUGCAGUCUGCUUUAUUAUUUUUCGUAAAACAAAACUCCAGUUACAAACAAAUUCUUGCAUUGGGUGGCAGGUGAUACUACAAAGUUUUGUUUUCCUUCACUGGAAUCACCUAAGUUGUGGUACGCUUUCAGCACCUCGUUAUUUCAAUUAAAUGACUUGCUGUAAGGAGGAGGAGAUGCUUGUGAGAGGACAAAUACCUGCAGAUUUAAUGACAUGAAAUAUUUUCUGAUGUAAAAAAAACUUGCUGCAGUUCAUACUUCUGUUCGGUAAUUAGAGAGCUCUGCUUUACUGAGAGCUUGAAGCUUGAGCAUUUUGCACAGGAAUGAUUUCCAUGUUGGCAGUUUGGCACCUCCUGAGUGCCUUCAUCAAGAAGUGGCGAUGAGCAAGUAAGUAGCAAUGCAUCAUUUUCAUUUGCAAUUACCAUACUACAUAAUUUUGGCCGGUCCAGUUUGUCCAGUUAAUUGGAGUAUAUUAUAGUAUUAUAAAUCUACAUAUUUCCUUCCUUUUUGACAUUGCUGAAAAGGAGUGUGGCAUUUCAGUGUUCAUUACGUUUUCAGUUCUGUCAUGAUCUGGUUGUACUGCAAUGCAAUUAGAAUAUAUUUUUAUAUGAGGGCAAGCUGUCAAGGUAAAACAUUUUUAUAGAGUGUCUCUCUGUCAGCAAUACAGACUGUACAAAUUUAUUAAACUUCACUUUUCACUCUGUAAACCCUUGCAUUUACUGCUUGCACUUUAUUGAGCCUUUUCAGUGAAAUUUAUGUAAAUUUUUUCUGACGUUUUAUUUUUACAAGCAGUUUCUUAAUUUUUGGAUGUAUAUCCUGCAUUGUUUGUCAGUUAUAACAUGAUCUUGCAGUGUUUGAAAUGUUUAAAAAACCCACAAAACUCACCAAAAUAGUCUUUACGUUAGGACUUUGUUUUCAAAAUGUGUCUUGUAUGGAGCGGUUUGUGUUUUAAAUCAAGAAGUUUAUAUCGUGUAUGAGAAAGGAUUCAUCAAAUGCUCUGCUCAUACUCUAGGAGUUUUCAAGCACUUAAAAAAAGUAAUAAUACACAAAAUGAGAUUUGACUCUGGACGUGUUUCCUGGAAAUGGAAGCCUGCGGAUACAUUACUGUAUUCUGUGCUAGCACGAGGAGAUCUGCAAAAAUAUUGCUGUACUUCAGUUUUCCACUGAAAUCAGUUGCUAUAGAUACUAGCACUUUUUUCAUGUUUAUAGUGGGUGUAAACUGGCACAGUCUAUGUCUGAUGUUGAAAUUCUCUGAUGUCAAAGUGACUAACGCUGCUACUGCUCUUACUUGGUCUUAUACAGUCCUGAUGGACACAACUCUCACCCUGGCUUUUCUCAAGCAUCCCGGCACUUCAGAUAACACACUGAUGAGUGCCUGGGAAGUACCUAAAAAAAACCCCAGCCGUCGUCUUGAAGAAACAAUCCCCAUGCUUCAUACGAAUCUUAGCAGUGGCUGGGAGCAACAAAUCAUCACAUCCAUGCCAAGGCAGCUUCCAUUUUCUUUGCAGUAUCUGUUGACUGUCCCUAAUUACCGCAGCUUUUCAGCGAUGCAGCCUGCCCUGUGCGUACUUGCCUAAUGAGAAGCAUCAGGUCAGUCACCAGUGAGUUCAUUUGUGCUUAAGGGAUGUGUCUGAUUUUAUUUUCUCGUUAAGCGUUUGAUUGUGAACAUCCAUUGCUUGCUUUCAUUUACAGUUGCUUAAUUGAGAUGCCGAGAAAGGUUUCUAAAUUAACCAAAAAGCUGUUAAAUGGUUAUGAGCAAGGCACUCAACGUGAUCCAUGCACCUGCAAAUGUGAUACUGAUUUUUACUUUAAAUAUGGAAAUGUAUGCAUUUUGUAAAACAGUGACAUCCAAGAAUUUGUUUAGAAUAGUUAAAUACUUCUAAAUCUCUUCAAUAUCCUAAAUCUCGCAGCAACAGAAGCGUUGUCAGAAACAGUGUGGGUAUUAGUUCUCUCGGUCUCCAGGCCUCAUGAUUUAAGCUUCUGACAACUGUUUUAAGUUGCUCCACGUGCUGAAUCUUGUUUACAGUUAAUUAGAUACUACACCUUAAGUACGUAAAUACGAAUCAUGCGUUUGUACUGGAUUUCUUAAUAGUAAGGUAGCCCAGACAGAAACACAGCAAUUUGUGUAUAUGUGUAUAUUUUUUACAUUUUUGCAUUUAUAGUAGUUUUGUGGUAUUAUUUGUAUAUAGUUUGCUAGUGUAAAGAAUAUAAUCUCAUGAAAUAGAAACCACUGUUGAAGGGAAUUGACUAUUUCAACUUGAGUUAUUUUGCUUAAAGUUCUUGUCCCCUCAGUAUGUCUUUGAGAAUUAUUUUUGACCAUAACUUAUAUGGCACCAAAAGUGUAUAUUUUAGCUUAUUAAAGUGCUGAAAAGCCUGAGUGCAAAUAGGUUGUCCUGUUCAAUAUGUUUAAUGGAAAAAAAAAAACCAGAUUUGUAACAAUACAUAAAUAAAUAUCUUAAUUUGUUCCUUGA